AUGAGGAAGGGAUUAGUUCACUCAGAAUCUCACAGUGAAGAUGGAAGAAAUGGAGAUGUGUCACAGUUCCCAUAUGUUGAAUUCACGGGAAGAGAUAGCGUCACAUGUCCCACGUGUCAGGGAACAGGGAGAAUUCCACGUGGUAUGUCUAAAAUGCAUGAAACAGUCUAAAUGAUAAAGUGCUAAAUAUGUUUUUGUCUUCCUCCUCUUCAAGUCCCCAUUAGUCCUUAUGCUUAUCUGGCGUAGAAAGUGUAUGAUGACUGAGUACUGAUAUGUUUUGCUGGCCUUUUUUUGUACCUGAGAAUAUUAUUGAAAGACUUAUGGUAGGAUAACCUUGGAUUUGGGUCCUUUGAUUUUCUCUCUUUGCUUUAUUCACCAAAUUCAUAGAAAAUCACAUUGAACUUUUUAAACAAUACUAAUGUGAUACCUUGCCAGUUUUCAGUUGCAAGUAUGGCAGCUGGGCAUUCACAAUGCAACCAUCAGUCAACACCAGGCAAAACAAGCCAUGGUUUAUUUUAUUAUCUGUGAGCAGGAUUCUGGUUUCUUCAACAAACCAUUGUUAAAGCAAACUACGGCUUAGUUUUUCAUCCAGUCAUGCUCUAUGAUUUCCUUUUACCAUUUAAAAGUUAUUUUUUCUCAUUUUCAAAUUUGGAAAUGUUAGAACUUCUAUCUGAUGGUAGAGUUGUGCUUACUUGCUAAAGUUAUGCUGAUGUACAACUGGGAAUUCCUUAAGAUGGUACUAGCAUAUUGUAUAAUGUAACUGGCAGCUGAAGCGAAUGUUACUCAAUAUACCAGUACAUUUACAUCAAUAGGGGUAAGUUCUAAACAAUGGGUCCUAUUGAUACAGAAGGCUAAACUUAAAGCCUGCAGCAAAGUAUGUUUUGAAUGAAGUUUGAGGAAAAAGCUUGUUGGAUUAAGUAGCAUAAAACAAUAUGUGUUGAAAUUACUGCAGUCAUUUUAACAAAAUAAGUGAAAGGGUUUGUGUUUUUACUUUUAAAAAAGCAUUUCAUAGAAGGUUUCAGAACAUGCGUCACCAUGAAAAUUAUUAACGUUAUACCGGUUUGGGGUGGGGUGGGGGGAAGCCAGCAGCAAGCUAAUCAAAAUACUAAAUAUAAUGUCCAUUGAAAAUUUCCAAAGAAAAUUAGAAGCUGAGGGUAGGGUGGAAGACAUAUUCAGUGGUUGUUUGUUUAGUCAUCCUGUUUAUGUAGGACCUUUCUUUCCAUAGGAGCCCAGAAUGAAUUAGGCAGAUUUUAAUUUUAGGGUCUAAAAGUAGAGAGAUACCUUUUAUAUCAACAACCUCAGAUAUGCAGAUGACACAACCUUGAUGGCAGAAAGUGAGGAGGAAUUAAAGAACCUUUUAAUGAGUAUGAAAGAGGAGAGUGCAAAAUAUGGUCUGAAACUCAACAUCAAAAAAACUAUAAUCAUGGCCACUGGUCCCAUCACCUCCUGGCAAAUAGAAGGGGGGAAAAUGGAGGCAGUGAGAGAUUUUACUUUCUUGGGCUCCAUGAUCACUGCAGAUGGUGACAGCAGUCACAAAAUUAAAAGCAAUGACAAACCUAGACAGCAUCUUAAAAAACACAGACAUCACCUUACCGACAAAGGUCCGUAUCGUUAAAGCCAUGGUUUUCCCUGUAGUGAUGUAUGGAAGUAAGAGCUGGACCAUAAAGAAGACGGAUCGCCGAAGAAUUGAUGCUUUUGAAUUAUGGUGCUGGAGGAGACUCUUGAGAGUCCCAUGGACUGCAAGAAGAUCCAACCUAUCCAUUCUUGAGGAAAUCAGCCCUGAGUGCUCACUGGAAGGACAGAUCCUGAAGCUGAGGCUCCAAUACUUUGGCCACCUCAUGAGAAGAGAAGACUCCCUGGAAAAGACCCUGAUGUUGGGAAAGAUGGAGGACGCAAGGAGAAGGGGACGACAGAGGACGAGAUGGUUGGACAGUGUUCUCGAAGCUACUAACAUGAGUUUGACCAAACUGCGGGAGGCAGUGGAAGACAGGAGUUCCUGGCAUGCUCUGGUCCAUGGGGUCACGAAAAGUCGGACACGACUAAACAACAACAACACCUUUUAUACUGUGUCUCUGUCGUGGAAAUUCUACUCCGUAUUCAUCCAGAGUAGAACCUCAACGUAUACUUAGCAGAGUAAAAACCUAAACACGUUGUAGGAUCCCCCCAAAAUAGACCAGAGGCAAUUGUUCUUCAUCCAGCAGAGCUUUACUGCUAACGAAGGCAAAAGAGCAUAAUGGUCACAAAUCCAGUACAUUCAGGAUUGGCACUGUCCAUAAGAAAUCCAGUUGCAGCAGACUUAACUUAAACAUACAAUUGUUGCUUUUUUUCUGGGGGUACGCAGGGGUACGCAUACCCCUAAACAUUUUGUGAAUCUUAACGGGAGAAGAAACUAAAAAAAAAUAGUUUUUUCUCUAACAUGAUGAAUUGUCAGCUCUGCUACUACCUCUGAUGGCGGCCUCAUUUGUUGUCACGGUGUUUCCUGAGUCUCAGAUGGAAUGAAAGUACUGUACUCCUAAACCAUUUUAAAGAAAAAAAGCACAGCUUACAAUAACUUAUAAUAAGACUAAACCGUAACACUAUAUACAGAACACCACACUAGAAGGAAAGAGAGACAGAAAGAGAAAGUGAAACCAGGCUCCUUCUGGCCUUACUUUUAUAGUCUGCAUGACCUUGACAGAAGAGGUAACAGAACCAGUUUAAGCCAGCUGUACUCAGCUUCUCUGAAGGAAUAACCCAAACAUCAGGAACCUUCUGCUUGUUUCUUUCACACAGAGAAGAUUUUCAGAACCCUCUUGAAUUAAUUAGAAUAGGAAAGAUCUCUACACAUCAGUUCAAUACUUUCUGUACUAAGAUGCAAACUGACACUCUCUCCUAAGGAGCCCAGGGUGGCAGACAUUUAUUUGUGUACAAAAUUUCUAUACAGCCCAUUAACAAAGUUCUCUAGACAGUUUGUCUCUCCCCCCCCCCAAAAAAAAUCUCAUUUUAGUCUUGCAGGCAAUAAAUGGCAAGUAGGUUAGUGUGUGUGUGUGUGUGUGUGUGUGUGUGUGUGUGUGUAAAACCCAGCAAGUUCCCUUUGUGCAUGAGGAUUUGAGCCAAUGUGUCUCCUUGUCAGAUGUUAACACUGAGCCCGUUGCCCCAUGCAGGCUCCCGUGUGAAGCCGAUUUAUGCAUAAUUGCAAUUUUGCAGCCUGCUUUCUUGACAUUUUGCCAAAGUCUUUGUUAACAAGAGUACACAACUCAAAAGCGAUAGAGGCCUGAAGCCAACGAUUUGACUGGUUACUUCAGUACUCAGUGCAGAUUCAUAAAAGCUUGUUGCCUCAAGCCUCCCUACUAUUCCCAUGUUUUGCCAGCUCUGUUACUGUCCACCACACACUCCCUACCCCCAGGAUCCAUGAAGAACACCCAAAUGUCUCUUGCUUCUAUUGUGGUAAGGAAUCUGUAUGAGGGUUUAUCCUCAUGUCUCAUUCUGAUUACCAAGUAAUUCCGCCCACUCCUUAAGUGCCUCUUUCCCUGCCUCUUCUGCCUCCCCUUUCCUUGGGUUCCAGCUUCUCAGAUAAAGAGACACCAGAAGAGCCUGCUGCAUCAGGCCACAGGCCCGUCUAGUCCAGCAUCCUGUUCUCACAGUGGCCAGUUAGAUGCCUAUGGGAAGCCAGCAAACACAACAAACUCUUCUCCUGUUGCAGUUUCCAGCAAGUGGUAUUCGGAAGCGUACAGCCUCUGACAGUUCCUCUCUCAUCCUUUUGCCACCCUAACCUGAGCUUCCUAUCCCCUUAGUGUUGCCCUCUUUGUCCUCCUUGUUCCAAAGCUGCCAAUGAGCUUCCACACAAGUGGUGGUUGUGGAUGAAUCACAAGUUGUUGUUUUUUUAGUGACCAGAUUUUCUGCAGUAAGGGGAGGAGGAAUCCUGAUUAAAUACUUUUUAAAAAAUAUAUCAUGCGGGUGCUACGAAUAACUGUGCAUGAGCAGGACUGAUUUCCCCAAUAAACUCUUGCCUGGAAACACCCAAAAUGGAAAUCUCCCUUUUCAUUCAGGGCAGUGAAAUGCUUUGCACCUCUUUUCUUAGCCGUGCGUAGUGAUGUGAGGAGAGAAUAUUCUCCACAAACUGUAAAUUCUAAUGUAAGAACCAGUUUUACAACCCACAUUUAAAAAAUCUAGUAAAUAGUAAGUCAAGCUGUGAUAUUGCCAGUAUAAGUAAUGAAUAAUGAUUUUAUUUUGAUCUAGUUACAUUACUAGGCAUUGUCAUUCACCAUUGGCAGUUCUGAAAUGUGAGCUACAGAAAACUUUUUUUAAAAAGUUUUUAAAAUGCUUUUCGUUUAAUUUGAUCAACAUUUGAAUUUGUAUGUAUUUCAGCUAUAUGUAAUAGCCUUUUUUCUAUUUUGGUGUGACCUUAUUCUUAGCAAUUCUAUACCCUUGGCCAUACAGUAUGAUUUAUUAUUAUUUUUUUACAGAAAGUAGCUUUAAUGCUUUAUACACUUAAAAGUACCUAGGCCUAUACAAUUAUGUGUAACAGAAUGUGAGCUGGCCUUGAUUUAAACGUUUCUAUAUUCUUAUUUAGUGCCAGUAACUGGUUUUUAUAUCAUUUUCAGUAAAUUAAAAUGAAUAUUCUAUUUCAAAUGAAAAUUCUCUAAUGUUCUCAUUAACUGAGAAUAUUCUCGAGAAUAAUCUCCAAAAGAUUAUUCUCGAGAAUUUAACAUCACUAGCCGUGCGCGUGUUUGCGCACUUAGAACUGCUGGAUAUUGGUGAUACAUUCAGUAAGUGCUACUUGUCACACAACUAUUGUCAUGGAAAGUGGCACCGGUUGAAUUUCUCAUUAUAAUGUAGCAGAUCAAAGCACAAGAGGCACUACUGAAAAAGAAAGUAAGAACUCUGAUGAAAGGUAAAGAGCAAAUAAUUUUCUGACCUAAUUGGGUCAACAGGGUGCUUAGGUGAUGGGAGCAGCUAUGGUCUGUGAUCUGCCAUGCAUGUCUUGUACUGGUAGUUUCAGGUACAGUGUGGCCCUUGCCAUUUUUCAGCCUUACUUGCCAUUUUAUCCUUUAUUUAUUUUAACAUAUUUAUUAGCUGCCCUUCCACCCAAACUCUCAUAGCAGUUCUCAAAACUAAAACCACAAUAUAGUACACAAUAAAAGCAAGGCAGAGCUAAAUAAAAUAAAAGCAUAAAAUGCAUAUAGUCUAAAACAAUGCAAACCUCUGAAAGCCAUGGGCACAUAAAAAGAUUUUCACCUGGCACCAAAAAUAAAACAGUUGCAGACAGGACUCCUCUUGGGGAAAGCCUUCAAAGGCAUUAUGCCACAGAUGAAAAGGCAGCACAGAGCAAAGUGGUGUGCCAAAAAACCCCAAACCAGUUCUCUUCUGCAACAAAUUUCCUUCAAAGAAAUUGCCUCUUGAUAGUUUUAUUGCACAUUUUUCUCAAAUUUAGUAGACUGCGAAAGAAUUCAGUGCAGAGCUGUAGUACUGCAGACAAGUCAUUUUUAUCAUCCUAGGAUGCUACACGUUUUAUUGAUUCUUUUUAGCUGCAUCGAACAUGGGUGGAAACUCAAGAUACUGAACAGUUAUGUUCUUAUUUGUAGGUCAGGAAAAUCAGCUUGUUGCCCUGAUUCCAUACAGUGAUCAGAGACUGAGGCCAAGAAGAACGUAAGUUUUACAGAAGCACUAUAAACACGUGUUGUCCAUAAAUUACCGUAUUUUUUGCCCCAUAGGACGCACCAGCUCAUAGGACGCACCUAGUUUUUUUGGGGGGAAAUAAAGAAAAGAAAAUUAUUUCCCCCCCAGGUGCGGGGCUGGGGAAGCCCGAGCUUCCCCCGACCCCAGCCCCCAGAACAGGCUGCUAUCCGCAAGCCGUGGGAGAGCUGCGCGACUUCGCGCAGCUCUCCACGGCUAGCGAGCGCUGCGCGAGCCAGCUUGGGCGUGCUGAGCUCAGCGCCCCAAGCUUCUGGGUGCCGGCAAGCUCUCCGCUAGCCAUGGGAGAGCUGGGUCUCCCACGGCUAGCGGAUAGCUUCCUGGAGCCUGGAGAGCGAGAGGGGUCGGUGUGCACCAACCCCACUCGCUCUCCAGGCUUCAGCGAAAGCCUGCAUUUGCCCCAUAGGACGCGCACACAUUUCCCUUCAUUUUUGGAGGGGAAAAAGUGUGUCUUAUAGGGCGAAAAAUACGGGUUGAUCUAUCCAAAUCUAGAAUAAAAAGAUGUAAUUCUGAUGCUGUUCACUAUGUGGCUUUUGAGUACUCGGGAACAAUUUCCAUUAACCCCAUAAGCCAUUUUUUGUGUUUGUGAUGAUAGGUGGCUGCUUUGCUAGAAGUGUUCUUUUGGAAUAUUGUCACAAAGUUCUAUCAACACUGAAGCAUUGUCAUGUUCCUUUGAGUGGAUAUGAGGGGAGGUGCUUACUAUGGUUCAGGUCGUUGUAGUGUUCUCAGGGGCUUCAGUGAAGAAAGAUGGCAUCCAAGGUGUGCUCCUCCAUCAGUACCACUCUUUUUCGUUCAUACCAUUGGGUUUUCUCUGCCAUUUAUUUAUAUAUAUAUAUGUAUGUGUGUGUGUGUAUUGCCUGUAUAUAUAUAUACACACACACACACACACACACACACACACACACACACAAUGCCAACUGUUAGAAAUCAUAGGAUGGCUCAGAUAAACCUAGCUCUGCCUUGACUGGGAAAGUGCAGAACCAUGUUGCAGUGGCUGUGCAUAAUGUCUUAAUGCCCUGUGCAUAACGAUCUUGUGGGGAGGGCGAUCUGGCCCUCAGAAGGCUUUGUUGUUAUGCUGCGUCUCUUUGCUCCCAUACUUGCAGGAUUUAGGUAGAAUGCAGCCAAGCAUUUGCAAAAAAGCAUAUGCACACUACAUGCUAUGUUCAAAAUGGCAACUUGCUUUAGAAUGGGUGAAUGGUGAGGGGCAAAGCAAGUUGGGCACAGCUUCUCCAAGAAGGUAUUAUAUACAUAUAGUGUGUGUAUCUAUGUAUCUACAGUGAUAACCUGUCUCUACUCUCUUUCCUGCAGAAAACUUUACGUUACUGCUUCUGUAAUUGUAUGCUUACUACUUUCUGGGCUGGCAGUAUUUUUCUUAUUUCCUCGAUCAAUUGACGUUGAAUACAUUGGAGUCAAGUCAGUAUAUGUCAGUUACGAAGCACAGAGGCGCAUAAUAUACUUAAAUAUUACGGUAUGUUCAUUGUUAAGUUCUCUUUUGCUUCCUUCUGUGGUUGGCAUUUUACUGUAUAUGGAUCGUUGACAUGCGUAUGACUUCUCUUUAAUCUAGAAUUUUUAAAAAAAUUCUCUUCUGUAGAACACAUUGAACAUCACAAACAACAAUUAUUAUUCGGUGGAAGUUGAAAACAUUACAGCGCAGGUGCAGUUUUCAAAGACUGUUAUUGGGAAAGCACGGCUGAGCAAUAACACUCACAUUGGCCCACUGGACAUGAAACAAGUAAGUGUAGUUGAUUUAAUUCCAUACAAUAUGGCUGAAUGUGCAGCAAUCAUCUCUUGUUUCACAUUCCUUAUCCUGAUCUUUCUUUUUCUUUUUUCCAGAUUGAUUAUAUGGUGCCCACAGUUAUACAAGAUGAAAUGAGCUACAUGUUGUAAGUGGUUGGCUCUCUAGAGUACACUGACACACAAGAAGGGGGCCCACAAUGAAAUAUUGCAGGGUAUCCUCAGCCCCUAGCUAGCAAUUAUAGUAAUAUCUUGGUUGUCAAAUGCCUUGGUACUCGGACGUUUUGCUUCCCGAAUGCUGCAAACCCAAAAGUGAGUGUUCCAGUUUGCGAACAUUCUUUGGAACCCGAACGUCCGACAGGGCUUCCAAUUGGCUGAAGGAGCUUCCUGUAGCCCAUCUGAAGCUGUACUUUGGUUUCCGGAACAGAUUCCGUUCCACUUCUGAGGUACAACUGUAUGUCUAUACUGGAAGGAAAUUUGUCCAAGGAAUAAAGUGUUCAGGUUCAGGUGGCAUCACUCUGACUUUAUUCGUCUUUAGCUGGGGGAGUGGAUGGGUAGAGCAUAGGAAAGAGAGCUUAACCUCUUGGUGUGCAUCUGUCCAGGGAUUACUGCCGGACAGCCCAGCAGAAAUAAGAGAAGCACCUUCCUUUUCAAAAGUGGACUCUACACCUGACCAUUAGGCUCAUUUCCAGCCCCCCCUUUCACCCUCCAUUUUUUCAUUUUAACUGUUGAACAUUCCUUGGGCAAAACUCCUUCAAGUAUAGGCAUAAUUGCUAGAUUUAAACGAACCUGGUUGAGCCUUGGGCUCGUGCUUUCUGCCCCCCCCCCCCCCCGUAAUUGUCACAAGGAGGAGAUUGGAAGCUUUCAUUUUUAACUAACUGUAGUAUAGCAUCCUGCCCCAAAACAGCUAGUCUUAACUAUGGGUUACUGAAAUAAGCCAAUGCAUUGCCUUAUUUCAGUAAGCUGUUACUAAAACUAACCAGCUGCUGUCUAGGUUUAGACAUGCUAAGCUGAAGUUAGUUAAAUAUUGAAACGAAAGCUUUCUGUCUUCUUGCAGCUGCGUGCCAGAAGAGGAGUGCUCAACCCUAAACCUUGCCAUGGCUUAUUCAUGUUGGCAUUGUGUGCAAACCAGCCACACAGUCUGCCUAAUCUCUGGUUCUUUGGGACCAUCCUUUUUUCUUCCCUCCCCUGGCAUGGGAGCGCUCAUAGGAAAGCAAUCUGAAUUUCUCCCAUUUUCUUCUGUCACUCUGACUUCAAAAUACUUUUUGAAGUAUCCCCCCCCCCCCAAAAGUUGGGGGGAUACAUUUGUAUUUGGUUCAAGCCCCAUUCCUGCCAUCAACCAAUUUUUGUUAAGUACCUCGUUUUACCUAAGCCCAUUCCCAAUUGAGCUAAGGGGAAUCACUAGUUAGAAUUUAGAACUUGGCGUGUUUGUUUUAGCCUUGCUAGCUUUUAAUUAUGCUUACAUUACUUUUUUUCUUUUUACAGUGAUUUUUGCACCUUACUCUCUAUCAAAGUACACAACAUAGUAGUCAUGAUGCAGUAAGUAUAUUUUGCAUUUUCAUUUACACAGAGCCCUAACUUUCUAAACUAUGGGUUGUAUCCAACAUUCGUAAUACUCAAGAGUACUUUCUAUUUGCCAUUAAUGGGCACGACCGACUUAGGUCCAUUAACUUCAGUGUGUCAGCUCUGAUUAUAAUUUUAGUUCUGUAGUGGGGAACCUUUGCUCUGUGGGUAAUUUUUGACCCUCUGGCAGUUCCAGUUUGGCCCGUGAGGCCAUGUUUUCUAAAGCCACAUCUGCCUGUCAAUCAACUUGUGUCACUCUGAUGGAUGGGUGGCAUCACUUUAUUAGAUGGUGUUAAAUCAUGCUCAGUUUGGCUGUGCAUGUGGGCUUCCCACAACCAAUGUAGCAGGAUUCAACUCUUUGCUUAUCAGCAAAUGAUUGGGGUGGGGUGGUGUUCCAUUAAGAGCAAUGGUAUGGGAGUGACCUCAGAUAAGAUGAGGAGGCGUAUGAUGACAUAUUUUUUCUUUAUCUCCGAUUGAAUAUCAUGAAAAGUGACAGCAGCUAGGGUUUUCUUCUCUUUUGUUCCUUUUCUUUACAGUUUGUGAAAAACAGAGUUUAGUUUGUUGCAGGGUGGAUGAAAAUCAAUGAUUUGAAAUAUCAUUUCAUCCAGGGUGGAUAAAAUAUUUUUUAAUAUUAUUUAAAUUGGAUUUUUAAAAUAAAAUGCUUUUGGAGGAAAAAUCUUUCUAAGGAUAGUUUUCUAUUUAAGUUACAUUGUAGUCCAAAGGCUAUUCAUCAGGAAAUAAGGAUUUGUUUUGUUUAACCACAUCAGUUAACAAACAUGGAUACAUAUGCUAUAAUGUUUUUGUUUUAGUUAAAUAAAUUGUUUAAAUUGUUACUAAGGAAAUGAUUAUUUUUCUCCUUCCAAUAAAGUACAGCAGAAAAGUUUUCCAAAUAUAAAGUUAGCUUAUUAAACGUCACAAUAAUUUUAUAAUUAUUGGUCUAUGUAUUUCCAGUAGUAUAACCAAAUCAGUAAUUUGCGAUAUAACAGUUAAAAACUACUCUGAAAGUUUAUUAUUCCCAAAAUGAAACCUUCCUCUGGUUGUAAAUAUUAAGAUGAUACCAGCAAGAAUGAGUCUGUAAAAAAUGAUUUAAAUCAAGUCUUACUGGCUAGUGAUUUAAAUCAAAUCCACCCUGGUUUGUUGGAAGAGAAGGUUGUCAGUAAAUAAAAGAAAUCUUAAAUCAGCCUACUGAGAGCCGUAAUUUCUGUUAAGAAAGCCUUGGCUGUUGCAAUCCUGGGGCUUAAAUCCUGCUCCGUUCAGCAGGAUUUAACCCAAACCCCUGAUCAGGAAGGUGUUUGCAUUGAAGCCCUUGCUACUAAAGAAAAGGAAUUUUCCUUCAUUUUAGCAGCACCUUGCUGUCUGUGAGAUGCCGUGAGCUACAGCACUUAAAUCACCAAAUGUCAGGUGAUUGACAGGGUGGACUCCCGCAGGGCUCCCUAGGCUGCGGAUAUCUGCCCGAAGCGCGGGGCGCUCUGCUUUAGCGCGCUCCGGGCAGCAGGCUGCUAUCCGCAGCCUAGGGAGCCUUGCGGGAACUCCUGUGGGCUCCCCAGGCUUGCUGAUAGCUUCCUGAAGCCUGGAGAGCGAGAGGGGUCGGUGCGCACCGACCCCUCUCGCUCUCCAAGCUUUAGCGAAAGCCUGCAUUCGCCCCAUAGGACGCACACAGAUUUCCCCUUCAUUUUUGGAGGGGAAAAAGUGCGUCCUAUAGGGCGAAAAAUACGGUACCGAGCGCAGGACUGGAGUUUGGGGAACAAAACUAAAGGACUUGCAAAUUAAGUAAAUGUUUGCAUAGUGUGUGUUGGUUGCCCUAAUAGGAAAAGCCCUGUCAAACCACCAUAAACUCAGAAAAUCCUGUAAUUGCGGAAGAACGAUAUUUCUGAUCUGUUAGGUGGUACCAAAGAUGGGUUGAAUAUGCUAGAUGGCAUGGAGGAGCUAGACAAAUACAUCAGUCUGGAGCUGUGAAAGAUGUUUAUCUUUAUUCCCUCACUAAACGAAGGGUUUGCAGGCCCGAUGUGGCCCAACAAGCCUUCCCCAGAGGCCCCACAGUCCCCCAACCCAACUUGGUGCUACCACCAGUGGAUUUUUCAUCUCAAUAUGGGUGCCCCACCAGCAACGGUCAUGACUGCAAAUGCCCCCUCUCCACUCACCUCCAAAAGCUGAGGUAGUAUAUAAUGUAUAAACUCUAUUCGUUCUCUCUUCCCUGUCCCUUUUCCCCCCCUUUUAAGAGUGACCGUGACCACCUCUUACUUUGGUCACUCUGAACAAAUAUCUCAGGAGCGGUACCAGUAUGUUGACUGCGGUGGAAACACAACUUACCAGCUGGGACAGUCAGAGUAUCUAAAUGUACUUCAGCCGCCUCAGUAG